AUGCUGUUGAACACCCCUGCUUUGUAUUUGUUGCUAGUCUCAGCUAUGGGACUCCCGGUAUUUUUCAAGCGUCAGCCGGGAACUUUGGAAAGCACGAUCACCACCACUAUCGACGGAAAGGCCGUCACCAUGCUGCAAAAGGUUUACACCAGCACGGACCAGCCUGCGCAGACCAGUGUGGUGAUGACGACCCUGAAGACCUCGUACGAGGUCCCUAUUUCUGCCACGGAGACCAGUGAUACCAGCGUUACUUCCUCUUCCACUUCUUCUUCUUCGUCUACCUCAACUUCCACUUCCAAGUCUUCUUCUUCCUCCACUUCUUCUACCACUUCCUCUUCCUCUUCCACUGCUACCACUUCCAGUGCUGAAUCUGACGACGACAGCUCUGCAAGCACCGCGGAUCUCGUUCUGUCUGCCAACGUGGAGAAGACCAGCAGCUCUACGACGUCCAGCUCGGCCACCACCAGCCCCUCCAGCUCCAGCCCCGUCAGUGUUGCCAGUUCGACGGUUUCCGUCUCGUCCAGCACCGUCACCCCCUCGGUCACGACGAUGCCCUCGGCCUCGUUCACUUCCUUUACCCCGUACGCCACAGAGACGACCGACGGCACUUGCUAUGUGUUCUACGAGAACGGCGAUGCGUACGACAGUUUCUCUCCAACCACGACGCAGACGUUGACUGUCACCGUUGCUACCGUGACAUUAAGCACUACAGUGUAA